AUGUUACUUUUCUCUCACAAGAGAGUGACCCCCUCACUGCAAAAAGCUGCAUGCUUUUUUCUUCCUCUUAAAUCCAGCUCCAAUACCCAAUUGCCACCCACCACUAUACAAGUCAUUUUCGUUUUGGACUCUCUCUCUCUCUGCAUAUUCAUCUUCAUCGCCUCCAAGCUUCAAGACAUGUCAAGCCUAGGGCGGACAGGAAUUCGUUUCUUUCACAAACUAAGUGCUGCAAUCCCUGCUGAUUUGCUAGAAAAGGGCCAAAAUCGUGUUAUUGAUGCUUCCCUUACACUUAUCCGUGAGAAGGCAAAGCUUAAGGGAGAGCUUGUUCGUGCUUUAGGAGGUGCUGUUGCAACGACAUCUCUUCUUGGAGUACCUUUAGGACAUAACUCAUCAUUUCUUCAGGGGCCUGCAUUUGCACCUCCUCCCAUUAGAGAGGCGAUCUGGUGUGGUAGCACAAACUCAACAACUGAAGAAGGGAAAGAAUUAAAAGACCCACGGGUGCUAAGUGAUGUUGGCGAUGUCCCUGUCCAAGAAAUUAGAGAUUGUGGUGUGGAUGAUGACAGAUUGAUGAAUGUCAUAAGUGACUCUGUCAAGCUAGUUAUGGAAGAGGCUCCGUUACGCCCGUUAGUUUUAGGUGGUGAUCACUCAAUAUCGUAUCCUGUUGUAAGAGCUGUUUCUGAAAAGCUUGGGGGCCCUGUAGAUAUUCUUCAUCUUGAUGCCCAUCCAGAUAUCUAUCAUUGCUUUGAAGGAAAUAAGUAUUCUCAUGCUUCUUCUUUUGCCCGUAUUAUGGAGGGUGGUUAUGCUCGGCGGCUUUUGCAGGUUGGUCUUAGAUCAAUAAAUAUUGAAGGGCGUGAACAAGGCAAAAGAUUUGGAGUGGAGCAAUUUGAAAUGCGAACCUAUUCAAGAGAUCGCGAAUUUUUGGAAAACCUGAAACUUGGGGAUGGUGUAAAAGGCGUGUAUAUCUCAAUAGAUGUGGACUGUCUUGAUCCUGCUUUUGCUCCUGGAGUGUCUCACCUUGAGCCAGGAGGUCUCUCUUUUCGUGAUGUUCUCAACAUCGUCCACAACCUCCAAGGUAACGUUGUUGCUGCAGAUGUGGUUGAGUUCAACCCACAACGUGACACUUUUAGUGGUAUGACUGCAAUGGUAGCUGCUAAGCUGGUGAGAGAACUGGCUGCAAAGAUGUCAAAAUUAUAGACCCUGUGGCUUCCCCUCAAGAUUUUCAAAUUGUUCACUGAUGUACCAGCAAUAAUCAAUGCUUCCAGCAUACCAAAUAUUAGUUCAUCCUUUGGUUUCAUAAAAGGAUAUGGACUUAAGAAAUAUGCUUCUUGUUAGUUCCCGAGAAAACUUAUUUUCGGGAUUUAUGUAUUUGGGUUUCCAUAAAAACUUGUCAUGAUAAUGUUACGACUGUUACAGUCGAUACAUUGUUGUACUUAAUCUCCUGUCAAACAGAUAAGUAAACAACUAUUAUCUA